AUGUCUAUUAAGAAACUACUAUCGGCUCUCGAAAACCCUGAUCAUCCAUUACUUGGUCCAACUCUAAAAGGUCUUAAUUUAUGGGGACUGUGCCAAUCAGCUGGAUGGACCUCUGUAGCAUACAAUAUUAUACACAUAUCCGCCAUAUUAUUCGUAAUUAGUCAAUAUAUUGAACUCUGGUACAUACGAUCAGACCUGCCAUCAGCUCUUCGUAACCUUUCUGUUUCUAUGCUCAGUACAGUCUGCGUAGUAAAAGCUUCUACUUUCGUAUAUUGGCAACACGAUUGGAGAGACAUAAUGAAUUUUGUAUCUGCAUUAGAAAUAUAUCAAAUUUCUAAGAACGAUAAAGCAGUGAAUUCCAUUAUCAAGAAGUACACACAGUAUUCUAGAAGAAUUACGUACGUCUAUUGGUUUUUGGUUAUUUCAACUGUCCUAACAUUGAUUUUGGCACCUUUGAUUAGCAUCUUGUCAUCACCUGAGGAUAGAGUAAAAAUUAAAAAUAAUACAAAAUCAUAUCCAGAAAUAAUGAGUUCUUGGGCGCCUUUUGACAAAUCAAGAGGUCCUGGUUAUAUUGUUAUAACUAUUGAACAUGUUUUGAUAUGUUUUUACGGUGGAGGUAUUGUAGCGAAUUAUGAUACUAAUGCAUUUGUGUUAAUGUCUUUUAUUGCUGGGCAAAUGAAAAUUAUAAGGCAGAAUUGUGAACGACUGUUCGAAGGAAGAGAUACUAGUCACGAUGUAAUAUUAAGAAGAAUUGCAUGUUGUUAUCACCAUCAUAUUUCUUUGGUCAAGUUUGCAAAAGUAUUCAAUGAUUUAUUGUCACCAGUGAUGUUCUUGUACGUAGUUAUAUGUUCUCUGAUGAUCUGCGCCAGUGCAAUUCAACUAACUAUGAAAAACACAACAAACAUGCAAAAGAUAUGGAUAUCAGAAUAUCUUAUGUCACUCAUAACCCAACUAUUUAUGUAUUGUUGGCAUAGUAAUGAAGUUUUAGAUAUGAGCAAGAAGGUUGACCAGGGUAUUUAUAAAAGUGACUGGUGGUCGAGCAACUUGCGUAUGCGACGGAAUAUACUGUUACUGGGUGGUCAGCUCCGGAAGACAGUAAUCUUCACAGCAGGACCGUUUGCUGUUCUCAGCUUAUCCACAUUUAUUGCAAUAUUGAAAGGAUCUUACAGUUAUUACACUAUCCUGAGUGAGAAAGCAGACUAA